UAAAUUCCAAUUCGACCGUUAUUUUCUUUCUUACCCAGAAGCUCUUAAUUAUCUUUCUUAAUAUUCCAUCAAGCAAAGGGCUUUUUAGCUCAAGAUUCAUUUCCAUUCCUCAAUUCACAAUACCCAAAAAUCCAUUUUCAAAAUGGAUACAAACCAAAGAAGAAAAAGCGGGAUCAAUCUCCCCGCUGGGAUGUCGGAAACCUCACUUCGUCUCAAUACGGGUGGAGUCGGGUCUCCUUCCCCGUUGAUUCGAACCUUGUCUACACCUUCUCCUCGUUCAAUGUCGCCUAGAACGAUCUCGAAUUUAUCUUCUUCGCCGUCUUCUAAGUCAGCUGGAGUCUGCAGUGAUCGGUUUAUCCCGUGUAGAUCGUCUUCUAGAUUGCACACAUUCGGGUUGAUUGAUAAACCGUCUCCGGUUAAAGAAGGCGGUGGAGGGACUAAUGAGGCUUACACAAGGUUAUUAAGGUGUGAGUUAUUUGGUUCUGAUUUUGGGUAUUCUUCUCCUGCAGGUAGUGGUGGGACUAAAGGAUCUGGCUUUGGUUCGGGUUUGGGGUCGCCGAUUGGCAGUCCGAAUAGGAACAUGCUGCGGUUCAAAACGGAUAAUUCGGGCCAGAAUUCGCCUUAUUCGGGCUCCAUAUUGGGUCAGGAUAAUGGGUUGAACUUUGAGUCUACUACUCCACCUAAGCCUCCAAGAAAAGUCCCCAAAACACCUCAUAAGGUUUUGGAUGCACCAUCGCUUCAAGACGACUUCUACUUGAACCUUGUGGAUUGGUCAUCACAGAAUGUACUUGCAGUUGGACUCGGCAGCUGUGUUUAUUUAUGGACUGCAACAACCAGCAAAGUGACCAAGCUGUGUGAUUUGGGGCCUAACGACGGGGUGUGCUCAGUUCAAUGGACCCGAGAAGGGUCUUAUAUAUCUGUUGGUACUAGUCUAGGAAAAGUUCAGGUUUGGGAUGGGACUCAGUGUAAGAAGGUUCGGACAAUGGGUGGACAUCAGACAAGAACUGGAGUGUUGGCAUGGAGCUCACGCAUAUUAUCAUCGGGUAGCAGAGAUCGUAACAUACUUCAACACGAUCUUCGUGUCCCUAGUGACUACAUUAGCAAGCUUGUUGGCCAUAAAUCAGAGGUAUGUGGGCUUAAAUGGUCUCACGAUGACAGAGAACUCGCAUCUGGUGGAAAUGACAAUCAGCUACUAGUUUGGAACCAGCAUGCUACACAGCCUGUUCUGAAACUGACGGAGCACACAGCUGCAGUCAAAGCGAUUGCAUGGUCGCCUCACCAGAGCAACCUUUUGGUUUCUGGGGGUGGCACUGCUGACAGAUGCAUUCGGUUUUGGAACACCGCUAAUGGGAACCAACUGAACCAUGUUGACACUGGAAGCCAAGUGUGCAAUCUAGCAUGGAGCAAGAAUGUGAACGAAUUAGUCAGCACUCAUGGGUACUCCCAGAAUCAAAUUAUGGUGUGGAAAUAUCCUACAUUGGCUAAGGUUGCGACUCUAACUGGACAUAGCAUGAGAGUAUUGUAUCUAGCAAUGUCACCAGAUGGUCAAACGAUAGUGACCGGUGCUGGGGAUGAAACUUUAAGGUUUUGGAAUGUUUUCCCCUCUGUGAAAUCUCCGGCUGCUGUAAGGGACUCUGGGCUGAUGUCAUUGGGACGAACUCAUAUCAGAUGAUAAAAUCUAGAAGAAUGGGCAUGGAUUAUAUCGUAAAUUAUACAACUCAACGGCUGUUUAUUCCUAAUCGUAAAUUAUACAACUCAAAGGCUAUUUCAUUCCCAAUCAUAGACAGUAUACAUGCAUAUAACUUAUACUAACCUCCUUAUGGUCAAAUUAUUUUAACAUAACAAUGAACAUAUUUUCCUUGUUACCUUGGUUUUGAAUGUUUUUCUUGUUACUUUCCCUUUA